AUGGCACCUUCUCUUCCACCCGUCUUCAUGCGCAUACUUAUCGUCAGUUGCGGGGCACUUCUCCUGUCAUCUACAGCAAUUGCGACUGCACUGGACCCAUGUGCCAAGAUUGCCGGACUCACAUUCGUCGCCACCGCUGAUGCCAUAGCGUGCCAGAAGUCGUUCCCACUCAACGAGACGUUGAGACAGAAUGUGCUGAGCAAUAUCGCACGUGUUUUUGACUUCUACACCUUUGAGGACUACUAUCUGGAUUCUCCACCACCAUUUCAAGAGUCGACGACCAACAUCAGAGCGCAGAUUGCUCGGAUGAACGCCACGCACUACGAAACCGACUACGACUUCAACUCCGAUGUUUAUAACUUCACUACCCAAUUGAACGACGGUCACACCAGGUGGUUCCCGAACUGCUACAACUCCUUUCAGAAUAUUCUUCCCGCUCCUCCCGUCAUCCUCGAGGUCAAUGGAACACAGAACGUAUUCAUAGCUCCCGACUCCGUCGAAUUCCUGUCGCAGCUUGGUUCCAACUUCACCGACUUCUUCGACAGCCUCGGAUUUAAUUGGCAAAGACUCGCCGGGGCCAAAGUGCUCGAGAUUGGCGGCAUGGAUGCAUUCGACUACAUCGACCUCAUCGCUAAGAAUGUCUCCGGAAACUAUCUCGACCAUGGUGUGAGGGUCAAUAGUGUGAUCAGCAGUUACAGAAUCCAAGGGACAGAUUUCUCACAGAGGCUAGGAGACCUUGCUGGGCCCGAAUUAUUGACCUUGACCGAGUUGACAUUCAAGUUGAUCUUGAAGAACGGGACUGAGCCAGAGACGGUGACUGUACCAUAUGUGGCAGACUUUAUAGGCGUACCCUUUAUGGAUCAGGCAUCCUUCUGGGCAAACAACUGUGCGGCCAACAAUGCGACGAACGGUAUUGACCUUAACGCUCAAGGCCUCUCUCACGCGACCACACAGUCGCCUCUUCGCGCACGAGGGGCGCUAUUCGCUAACACUAGGUCAAACGCUAUCGGCCUUCCUCAGCCCUUCCUUCCAAAUCUCCCGCCCGUCAAUGGAAGUGAAGACGUGAUCAAAUCAUUCGUUUUGGAUAACACCACCGGCGUGAUGUUUGUUGGAUCAUUCGAACCUACAGAUUUCGACCAGUUUCAGUUCGAUGUUCAGGCUGCAGUCGAAAAUUUCCAAGCUGCCAAUGUAACCCGUUUGCUCAUUGAUUUGACAAACAACGGAGGCGGAUUCGUUUGCUUGGGACUAUUCCUCCACCAGUUCUUAGCCGGGCUCGACAGUGGAUAUCCCGGUUUUGAAUGUACCGUUCGUGCGAAUACCUUGGCUCAGAAGAUCGUCGCGGCCGACAUUGCGCUUAACGACAGCAGCACUGGUGUCUUCUAUGCUCCACCGAAUUGGGCUUUCCUCAAUGACACGCAGUUUUCACUCAACGAAAACUUCGAAACCCCGGAUAUACAAUUCAUCGUGAACGGACAGGAUCAGCCUACUUCACAACGGUUCCAUGACAUUUGCACGCCCUACGCAGUACCCAUCCCUGCGACUCCUCCCUUUGACCUCAAGAAUGUCGCUAUGGUCAACAAUGGAAAUUGCGCUUCGACCUGCUCUCUUUUUAGUACCGUUAUGCACGAGAAACACGGGACAAAGAUAGCGGUCUUUGGAGGCAAGCCUGGCGAGGACGUUCAGUUUAAAGGAAUGGCUGGCAAUCAAGUUUUGGAAUGGGCUGACCUGGACACGGAGAUCAAGACAGCACAGCUGAAGGAUGAUCCGCUCGCCCCUCCGGACUUGAUCGUCUCUGCUAACAUGCGUCACAAUUGGCGGACGGCGUAUAGUUUCCUGGACGAGCACACUCCCAUAGGCAAGUUUUCCCGAAGGGUUGUUGAUUUACUCACCACUGACACUUCCCCCCUCUCCACAGCCUACGUUUCAGAACUGCCAACUCUGCGCUUCCCCUACACGAUGGAUACAUACAACAACCCCCAGAACCUCUGGAAGUUCGCGGCUAGUCAACUUUUCGACUGA